GUGAGGAUAAAGCGGGAUACGAGGGCGGAGUGAGGAUCGGGGACGCGCAGGGAUGAGAGGGCGCGGUGCCGCCAGCCUGUUAAAUAGAGAGUGAGUGAGAGAGACCCAGAUAGAGACAGAGGGACAGAGAGAGAGACAGAGACAGAGACAGAGACAGAGACAGGGACAGGGACAGGGACAGGGACAGGGACAGGAUGACCAGCUCCGGCGCUGUGUUCGGUCGCUAUAAUGUGGCUAUCGUGCGGGAUCUGGCGGAUUCCCUGGGGGAACAGGCUUUGCGGAUGAGCAAGGAGGAGGAGCAGAGUGUGGAUAUGGAGAAGGCUCGGCAGGAACACAAGUUUUACACCGAUACCCUGCGCUACCAGCUCGGCCUGGAGCUGAAGGAGUUGCCGGCAGUGGCGAGCCUCCCGGACUGUGUGUUUGUAGAGGACACUGCCGUGGUAUGCGGGGACACCGCGUUAGUGACCCGGCCCGGGGCCCCCAGCCGCCGCCCAGAGGUGGAAGCUACGAAGAAAAUUCUGAAGGAACUGAAUUUUAAUAUCGUAGAAAUAAAAGAUGAGACAGCAACUCUUGAUGGUGGGGAUGUCCUGUUUACAGGGAAAGAAUUUUUUGUUGGUCUUUCGAAGAGAACCAAUCAGCAAGGUGCUCAAAUUGUGGCAGAUGUUUUUAAGGACUAUGCAGUUUCCACAGUUGAAGUGACAGGUACUCUGCACCUGAAGACUUACUGCACUAUGGCAGGUCCUGGUCUGAUUGCCAUUGGCUCCAGCCCACAUGCUCAGAAUGCUCUGAAGCAAAUGCAGGAGAUGAGUGAGCACAGUUACAACAAGCUAACGUUGCUAGAUGAUGAAGCUGCAAACUGUGUUUACCUCAACAUCCCAGAGAAGGGGCAUGUUCUGCUGCACCGAACUGCUAAGGAGUUUCCAGCAAGCGCUAAGGAAUUUGAGAAACUGAAGGACUACACGUUGAUUCCAGUCACCAACACUGAACUGGCCAAGGUUGAUGGAGGUCUCACUUGCUGCUCCAUCCUUCUCAACAAAUGCACUUGAAAUAUGGAGUUCCUUUGUUUUCUAACAAGAAAGGGAUAUUUCUUUAGAUUGGCAAUAAUGUGAUUACUAUAUAACUGAACCUAUUCUGAAAUUACAAUCUUUACAUUAGUUCUUCUAAACCCUUCUCUUCCACUAUGCUCUGAACGCUCUGUUUUGUAAGGCUGGGCUCGAGUAGACUAUUACUGUCACCUUGUGAUUAAAACUAUGUAUAACUUCGUUUUCUUUGAAUGAACUGCUUAGAAACUCUGAUGAAGAUAUAUAUAUAUAUAUAUGUUUGUGUAUGUAUGCAUAUAUAUAUAUUCAGAUGUUAAAAGGGUGAAUCUAAUCAUAUAAGAGAAUUAUUAGAGUUUUUAUUUCGAUACUGCAGAGGUGAUUGUUUUAUAAGUGAGGAUUAGGUUUUCUUUAUUUUGAUUCUGUAGGCAGCUUCCUUCUUUCUCCCACGAAUUAAAAAAUUGCUAGUUAAUAUUUCACAGCACCAGUUUUGGAAUACAACGCUUGGCAACUUGCAUGCCUUAAACGGUCUCCUCCGUUUGCAUUCCACAACCUCCUUUGACAUUGCACAGAUCUUAAUGAAUAAUUCUAAAAGAUCCAGUUCCAUUUUGCCUUAGAUCUUACUUGGGGAAAUGGUUCUGUUUAAGUCAGACUAACUUGUUUGCCCAGUGUGUGUGUCAAAGGCAUCUCUGUCUUCAGUUUGCUGCAAAGCAUUGCCAGUUCUCACUGUGGUCAAGUUUGAUUGCUUGUUGUGUUCUUCAUCUGCUUCAUGUGAAUGAAAUAAAAGCCAUUGUCAAUGCUA